GUUCCCUCCUAGUGCUAAACCCAAACUCCCCAGUUGUGUUGUUUGAGGCAGCUGUAAAAUGCAUUUAAAAUCCAUUGAUUUUUAAUAAAUUAACCCAAACCGCCGCAACCGCCAGGUACUUCGCCCCCAUUAUGUUAUACAAUGGGUUGAAUUCUCCCAGGAUGGAGAUGCACAUAGAAACGGCGGUCCGCAUCCAUACGUCGGGCUACUCCCCCAACGACAUGGUUUGCGUGCACUCCAACCCCGUCAACAACACCAUCCAACUCGCGAAUUCGCAAAACUACCCCGUCAAUUACGCCCUUCCAGCCGACUGUUGCCAAAACACGGUGUUCACAACCACGGCAGCCCCUUUGGUGAAUUAUUUGGUGGAAGGGUGCGAUGUUUCGGUGGUCACGCUGGGCCAGUCCGGGACUGGAAAGUCCUACACGCUCCUAGGCCCAGGUUUCCACUGUGCGGCUAGCGAGGCUGAUCACGGGAUUAUCCCGCGGUUUAUUCGCGAAGUUUUCGCCAAAAUGAAACAAUACAGAGACAGGAAUUGGUGCGUGCAUAUCGCUUGGUCGCAGAUUUGUGGCGAAAACGUCCAGGAUUUGCUAGGCGUUGGGAGCAUCGAGUGCCGGAAUAUCAGUGACGUGUUUCAGUUGAUUCAAGUCGGAAUGUCGAAUAUAGCCCCCAAGUGCGCCCACACGUUGUUCACACUCACUUUGGAGCAGCAGUGGGUGGUGGAGACAAGUGUGCAACAUCGCGUCUCAACUGCGAGUUUUGCCGAUUUGGCAGGGACUGAGAAAGUUCUAGUUUAUGACAGCAACGGGAUGAUGCAAACGAUUCCCACUGAUUUAGGGAUACAGACUUUACAGAGGUGUAUUAUGUCGCUGUCUGAUUUUAACUGCAGUUUUGUGCCGUACACUCAAUCCGUUUUGACGACACUACUGAAAGACUCGUUCGGGGGGCGCGCAAAGACACUUCUGAUCUGUUGCGUGUCCCCCCUUGCUCAAGACUUCACCGAGACUUUGUAUACACUUCAGUUGGGUUUGAGGGCUCAAAUGAUCAAAAAUUUCGUCACUGUUAACUCAUACGCUACGUUUGAGUCAACACAAGAGAAUUGUGAUGUUUUCGGCCUACAGUUCGCCGCCAAUCAACUCCUGAAACUUGUCUCGAACGCUGAAGAGUUGUUCCAACGAUUGGUAGCGAACGACUUGUUACCAAAAAGCGAACAAGAACAAAUAUCACAGUGGUUGAUGCUCAAACAAGAAUGCGAAGACUGUUUGAGUGAAAAUUCAGAGCCUCAUAGAUCACUCGAGCGGAUUGAGGAGGAAAUUGAGAGUGAUAGUAGUGAGAGCGAGGCGAUUGAGGAGGAGGAGAAGGAGAGUCUCCUUGAUAGGGUUCAAGGUUUGAUGGAGACUUUUCGCUCAAACACCGAUAAAUUAGUCUCUGAGGCUAAUUGUGCAAACGUUACGAAUUCUUGUACCAAAGAAAGUAUGAAUAGCUCGAAUAAUGAGUAUCAUAUGAAGGGGGCACGGGGGCGCAGAGGGAGUAUCCACUCGGCUGAAGAACUAAACCCUUGCUUGUCCCUCAAUACGUUACGUAUUAAUGACGAUGUCGAGAGUCAAAAAAUCGCAGUUACGUCGUACGAUAACAAGAAGAAAAUCCUUAAACAAAUCGCCACUGCGUUAGAAUUGAAUCAAAAAAAGAUCUCUGAUUUGGAAAAAACAAUUCGGGUCAAGGAAAACCUCAUGGAAAAGCUCCUGAAGCACAAAGACACAAAAUCGAGUGCUCACCAUAAAAUCGAACAAAAAUGCCAGUUGUUACGCAAGGAGUAUAAAAACGCCGAGGUCAAGUUCUUGCAAGCGAAAUUACAAAAAAAUCACCACUUGGAAGGGAAAUACAAGAGCGAAGUUGUGGCCCUUGAGGAGCGACUGCGAGACACCGAAUCGUUGAAAAACCUGACCGAAGACGGGAACAAAUUGCUAGAAUUAGAAAGUAGUCUACAUACAGAUCGGGAGAAGUUGAAAAAGUACAAACAAGAGAAAGAAAAGUAUAAACAAAUCUACGAGAAACAGCUGAAGGAGGAGCGCUCUAAGUCGAAAGCGAGUUGCGAGAGCGUGCCGAAAACCCCCGAUGUUAAAGUCGUUGCUUUAAUUAAACCAAACGUUUCGCUAAAUAGCGAAGAACUUGAAAGUCUGAGACACGAAAUUCGCAACUUGCGCAAAACCCGCGACUAUUUAUUAGAAUUGCGGUGCAAAAUCACGCUCAAAUCCCAGAAUAAAAAAUUCCUGAACGACUCCGACGAACGCAAGUUGCUGCAGUACGAGGAGGCUAUUGAGGCAAUAGACUUGAUCAUAGAAUACAAAAACUCGAUUUUGUGUGGGCACCUGCCAGUCAAAGAGAUUGAGGAUCAUGGCGAUCGGAUGCUGAUGGAGCGGUUCCUCAAACUGAGUGAGAACGAAAUGAGGAUCCUCCUUCAUAGAUAUUUCGAGAAGAUUAUCGAUUUGAGGAGCAGCAGCAAAAAGCUCGAUUUGGAGAUUUUGGAUAUUGAAAACCAACACGAAAAUCUCGCAUAUCGUGUGCAAAAACUCAGUCAUAACUUACAACUGGUUAGGUCUGACGCUGAACGGAGGAUAGCCUCGCUCCAGCAACAACACGAAGACAAGUUGUACUUGGUCUUGAGGAACCUGACGGGAGAUGGGGCUGAUAAUGAGAGGAUAAGUCGGGUCUUGGGGUCGAGACAUUCCGCAGUGACGGUUCAAGUGGCAGGCGCCAGUAAACAAGUGGACAAGAAUAGGUUCAUAGCGAAGUGGACGCGAUACCGCCAGGAGACCGUUCCGAGACAGCUGCAAUCGGUGCCCCCACAGGCCAAGGUCACCAUUGAGAAAAACAAAAUCAUUCUGCAGAAAACCAACAAGAACUAAUUGUAAUUUAUUGUAGGCUAGGGUAGGACAAUAAUGAUGUAAUCGUGGUUUAUCAAAUAAAUGUGAUGACUUCA